GUAACUUGAAGUCUUACUUAGUUUCAGCCAACCUUGAGUUCCCGUGCUUACCUAAGCCCAUACUCAAGAUCCUUUGUAUUCCACGCUUGUAAAAUUUCCCACUAGUAUUGCAAUAAUAUCUAGUGAGUGUAGUAGUUUCUAGCAAUCCGGUUUCUAGCAAUCCGUUGUUUAUUUUUGGUAUCAGAGCGAUGUCUGGCUAAAACUCUAAGCAGGUAUCUGGAUUGUUGUUUCGAGAGGUACUAAACCAGUUCUUUAUCUUUGCUCUUGGCUUUCUUGCAUAGAUUAAAUAAAAUCACAGAAAGAAUUAUUAUAUCCCUAUGGUAAGCUUUAGUAGGAUUAAAAUGUGGAGGAACACAGAAGAAAAUCCGGAACAAGGUACCAUAGUUGAUAUAAGUAAUUUCUUUUUGCAAUUUUAUCUUAAUCAUGUCUGAAAGGUUUGAACAAGCUAUAAAGGAUUGGUAUCGUAACUCAAGAACAACAGAUCUGGAAUACCUGAAUCUUGCAACUGAGGUAAAAAUCAAAGACAUCUCUCAUAAUAUAGUCGUCAUUUAUGAUCAUUUAUUACUUCAUUCCAAAGUCUCCAGGAGUGAAUAUCAUGUGUUAAGAAAGUUAAUCAGUGAAAACCAUUCUAUAUUAACAAAAUCUCUAGAAGAUAUUGUCCAGAAUUAGCAAAAAAUACAAAAGGUAGUGUUGGAGCUUCAAAAGGAAGUAUUCUUCUAUAAACCAUUAACAGCCAAGGAUAUCAAGGAGUUAUCUCAGCAACGAAGGGCAUCAUUGGUACCAGCUGAAACACUUUAUACAACUCAGUGGUCAGGACCAAGGCAUAGGGUGUACCAACAUUAUUCUGAGGCCAGAAUCUUAGUUACAGAAGGACAACAAAACUUGCCAUUAAUAAAUUCUGAAAGUCACUCAAUUCUUCGAAGAGAAGGUAUGCAAUUAAUUCAUUUGGGAUUAGUAAUGAUACGCAUACAUGCACUACAUCGAAGAAAUGCAGGAACUAAUGCACUUGUAGUCUUAAGAGACACAAGAUGGUCUGAUGACAGAUCUAUAAUUGGGACGAUGGAAGUUGAUCUAUCAGAAGGUACUCAACUUAUAUAUAUUGCUCCAAAUCUCUUAAUUAGUGUUGAGGACUUUUAUCAUCAUAUUGAACUAGCCAUACAAACACACGGAUAUGAAAAUUGGAAUUCUGCUGAAAGUAAUCUCCUAAUCACGAGAGGAUUAAUUGGCAGAUUAACUAAUACCAGUAAUGCAGGAUUUCGAUAUAACAUCCAGAAUGUAGCAGAUUAUCUUGCUAGUACAGGUGUUAAUGCAGUACCAGCAACACCAAGAACUACAACAGAAUUACAAGGGAUGAGAUGGAUAUUACAACCACCAAGAAUAAUCUCAAUACGAAAUCCACAAGCAGUCAGAACAGCAACAUUACUGGAUGGAUCAAUUUCUAUGGCCUUUUCAGGAUAUCGUUCUACAGGAAAUCCUAGGCCUAGUAAUUAUGAUGAAAAAGAUACUGAAGAUAUACAAGAAGAAUUUGCUGGAGUAUUUAUAAGUUUCAUUGAAGAAUAUGGAGCUCCAGAACAAAAUGACCGAUGGGAUACCUUAGGGGAACCCAGUGGAAGGUAUAAUUUUUAUGUUAAUUAUGCAGCUCCUCCAAUUAUACCUUUUAUUCCUCCAACAAAAUCAUCAUGGGGAGAUGAAGAUGAUGAACAUGAACAAGAUAGUGAGGUAGUCUUUCCAAGCAUAUGGGAAGAUACACCUUGGGAAGAUGACCCAGAUUUUGAUCCAAAUGAUUUAGCUCCACCAGAGGAAAUUUCUGAAGAAGAAGAAGAAAGUCCUGAAUCUUAUUUCUUAGGACUACAAGAUCAAGAAAUAGAUUAUCCAACUUUAGCACCACCAAUAGAGAAUUUGGCACCACCUGAAGAUCUACAAAGCCAGGUAACACAAAGUAUUAAUGAUGAAUCUGAAGCCUAUUGGCAACAAGUAAUACAAUAUGCUGAGCAAAUUGAAGAACAACUUCGACCACCUCUUGAAAAUGGCUGGUAUCAUCCUUAUCCACUCGAAAAUACAAUUAUUGAAGAAUUUCUAGACAGGAUACCUCAAGGGAUGCCUGAAGGUAUAUGGUAUGAAGUCUAUGAAACACUGGAACAUGAAGGAACCAGCAAUGAAGUAAGUAUUGAAGAAGCAACUCAGUUAUCUAAUGAUCUUUCAAAUAUUAAUAUUAAUCAGGAUCCAGAAGAACAAGAAGUAGCCCAUGUCAAUACAGAACAAUUACAACAACUGGAAUACCCAAUGCUCAAAAGAUUGGAAAAGGCUCUGGCAUCAACCUCCGAAUCAGCUAUUUCACAUUACAAGCAGCCAAAUGAGCCAUUAAUGGGGCAAAUAAAUUAUCCACCAGCACAAGGCACAACUCCACAAUUCAAUAAGGAAGAGCAAUAUAAAGGAAGAUUUAAAGGAAAAGCUUUGGAGCACAAUACUUGGACCUUACCUUCUGCACAAAAAAAUACUGGCGCCAUGCUUGUAUUACCAGAAGACAUAGACAAAAGGUUCAAUUUAUUGAAAAUCUUUUGGGAGAAAAUGAAAAAAAGAUGUGGAUACAAUGGAGAAAGAUGUAUGCCCAGGAAUAUGAAGAACUCAUACAAAUGGCAGGAGAAACACAAAAUGUGCUAUCUGCUAUUAGACGAUUCAUUCUAUUGGAAGAUUCAUACCAAGGCACGACUGUAGAACAGGAUCAAGCAUAUAUUGAUCUUAAAAGAUUAACUUGUUCUAAUAUGAAGGACAUUCUUCACUUUUUAAAUGACUACAAAGUCUUGGCAGCAAAGUCUGGUAGGAUGUUCAUCAAUUCUGAAUUAUCAGACAAGUUAUUUCGUAAACUCCCAUCUUUAAUAGCAAGUGACGUGGAAGCAGCAUUCAAGGCAUGACAUGUAGGUAACCAAAUUGGGGUAAUGCCUCGCAUACACUUUAUUUAUCAAUACCUUGCAGAAAUAUGCAAAAAGGCAGCUAUACAAAGGAGUGUCAAAGACUUAGCAUUUUGCAGUAAAAUACCUAUACCGGGGUAUUAUCAAAGCAAACAAAAGAAAUAUGGAUUACGAAAAUCAAAAACAUAUAAGGGGAAGCCACAUGAAACGCAUGUCCGUGUGUUCAAAAAGAAAAAGGCAGAGCAACAACACAAAUGUAAAUGCUUUAUAUGUGGCGAACCAGGGCAUUUUGAUAGAGAAUGUAAAAGAAAAACUGGAAAUAUCGCCAAGGCAGCAAUAAUGGAUCAAUUGGAGUUACCUUCAGACUAUGAUAUAUUAUCGAUUGAUCUUAAUGAACCUGAUUCUGAUGCUAUAUGCAGUUUAUCUGAAGGAGAAGCUGGUCCACUCAACUAUGCCAAAUAUGCACUAGAAGAUUUACAAUGGGAAGGGGUCUUCAUGAUGGGAGAUGAACAAUGCGGCUGGAGAUCAAGAAUUUAUGUAGGUGAUGUUAUGAAAAAUUGCCAGCAUAAUUGGGAAGAAAACAACAUUAUCUCAGAAGCUAAGUAUCUAUACUGCACUUUUUGUAAAAUGAUAACAACAGAUACUAUGCGAAUACAUUGCAUUCAAUGCAGAAUGACGGCAUGUCCCUCUUGUGCUAAAUACUACCUUAGCCGAAACAUUCAGUACAAAGAAAAGCCUAUUAUUCCGCCAUACCAGAAGCAGGAAGAAGUCAUCUGUGAGUUAAUAGACUAUACACAACAUUUACAAACAAGUCUAAUCAAGCAGAAGGGAAAAUCUAUUAUUAUCAACACUGAUGAUGAGGAUUCUGAAUCAGAAUUCUUGCCUUUUUCGGAACGGAAGGAGAAGAAGGUUACAUUUGAACCAUUACCACCAGAAUUUCUUAAAAUUCAACGAAUUACACCAACGACAAAAAUUCCUGAAAGAAGAAGCUCUGGAGCAGCAGAGUAUGAUUUAUUUAUUGACCAAUCAAUAGAAAUACCUGCAAAAGAAAGAUCACUUGUAAAAACAGGCAUACGUAUGGAAUUUCCGAAAGGCUAUUAUGCUAGAAUAACAGCAAGAUCUGGAGUAGCUCUAAAACGAAAAAUUGAUAUCGGAGCAGGAGUUAUUGACUCAGAUUAUAGAGGUGAAAUUUAUUUACUAGUCAUUAAUAACUCUGAUGCAUUAUUAAUUUUGAAAGCAGGAGAAAGUAUUGCUCAAUUCAUUCUGGAAGCAAUUAUAACUCCUUCUAUAAAAGAAGUUGAUGAAUUAUCAGAAACAAUAAGAGCAGAGGGGUCCUUUGGUUCUACAGAAGUUUCUACAGAAAUGACAUUUUCUGUACCAGCAAAAUCUUUUAAAACUUUCCUUUUUGAUAACCAUCCACAUGAUUUUUAAAAGAGAAUUUUAAAUUUUAAAACUCUCUUUUAAAA